AUGGGCGAAGUGGCGAGCGGUGCGCCGGUUGCCACAUCGUUCAAGCACCUCAACGACGACGUGCUGAUCCAACUGGUCGAACUUCUUGCCUCGCACUCCUUGAUAAACUUAUCCAUGACAUGCCGCCGAAUGCGCUCCUUAUGCUAUCCCUCCCUCUUCUCCGUGGUGUGCAUUCGACCUGGGCUCCUGUUUGCAAGCACGAUAAACACCCUGCCGAAGCAUGCCCGGAGCCACGUGCAUACGCUCACGAUAAAGGAGUGCUUUCACCGCUCAUCUCCCUCAGAUGCCCAACGGUUGCCACGAAUCCCCGAGGUGGUCAGCGAGCUUGAGUGCCGCAUGGCAGCAAAUCUGUCGAAUAUCAUUCACUCCUUUCCCCGUCUGCUCUCCGUCGUUCUUGGCGACCCUUAUACAUGCUUGGGGUAUAGUUGGGAAGACCUGCAUGAUAAGGUGGGACUUCCUCUCCCUGUCCUCUUCACCAUCCUACGAGUUUCGCACAUCCAGCACAUCGUCUUCACCCGCACCUUGUAUCACGACGACGACUCCAUUCCCAGUACUCCAACCCCGCCCCUCCUCUUGGACCACGUGAAUACGUUUAGGUACACGCCACACAAGUAUCGCGAAGGCCCUCGAGCGUACAGAUCCGAAUAUGUUCUUCUCGGGCUCAUCAUCCCACCGCUCAGUGCCUCCGUCACGACGCUUCACCUCCCCCUCGAGAACGCGCCUCUUCACGAGAUGUCGCUCCACCACUGGCCUUUCCUUAAUGAACUCGUUCUCGAGGGCGAGCAUCUCGCGCUGACAGACGUCACUCCUACGCCGUACAUCUCUUUUCUCGCCCAGAUGCCGAACCUCCGCCGUCUCCGCCUGCACACAGCGGAUGUGCACAGAAAUCCCCAUUACACCCUGCUGUCGCGGCUGGAGCCGCCUCCAGCAGUCUGGCCCGUGUCAGUUCCUCCGGCGAAGAAGCCUCCGCUGCAGGCGCUCGAGGAGCUCACCGUGAGCCACCCUCGCGCGGACGACCAGCUGUGGGGUCGCCUGCCGCCUGGACUGCGGGAGCUGCGGUUGUGCUCCUGGCCGCAUCGAAGGACGCUCCUGCACCUGUACGAGUGCCAUUACUCCAUGCCGGUUCGGUCGGGUUUGGCGUGGCGCUCGCCGCUCAUCCCGUCGUCCACGCUGUCCCACAUCGUCGCCUCGUGCCGGGGCGCGUGCAAAGUGACGGUGCUGGAGCUCGAGUACGCCGCGGACGACGGCGAGAACGCGCUCCUCGAGACCGUGGCGGCGACGUUUCCGGCGCUGCAGCGGCUGACGCUCGUACGGAACGACGCGAAGGACGAGGAGCUGGGUCCCGCGUGGGCCAACGUCCUCGGCGUCGCCGCCGUCCUCCGUGGUAUCCGCGCGCUGCGUUCUGUCCGGAUGCACAUCGGGUGGAACGAGGAGCACUACAUCAGCCUCGACGCGUUCGCCGGCGCGCCGGCGGACAUACAAGCCGCCGCCGCCGCGUCGCACGAACGGGAGCCGUACGUGGCGGACUGGUGUCUGGAGCUGAUCGCCGUGGCGUUCGUACGCGUGCUGGGACCCGCGAUCGAGUUCGUGGACCUGUCCUAUCCCGGGACUGGACACCAUUGGCUGAGGUUCAGACCGAGUGUCACAGAUAUGCGUAUGCGAACGGAGGAACUGGAGACUUGGUGGUAG